AUGGGUUGUUGUUCAAGUUGUUUCUGCGUUGUUCAUUUGGAGGGAAAAGUUAACGCACGCUUUCAGAAUUCAAGCGCCAUCAUAGCCAAAGAAAUUCUCUGGGUUAGCCUUCGAUAUCUGAGGUCUAAUGGCUGUUGUCAAGUAAAAGGAAACGGAGCCCUUGUUUUAACGGCAGAUUUACUUUGGUUCUCUUAUCUUUGCCUGAACAGACCGAUAGAGAUAGGCAUUCAUAAAAUUCGUUCAGUUAAAGUUGGGUCGGGGAAAGUCAUGCUUGAUUUUGUCGACACAACCACAGGAAUAGAGGACCAAGUUGUGUUUUCUAUAAGAGAUGCACAAAUGUGGGGAAGAAUAAUCAAAGAAACCGUUUAUAAGUCAGCGAAUUCAAUACCGCCCUCCAAAAACGACAACAACACAGCUUACUCCGACUGAAAUGUGAAUUCGUAAUAUUUCCGCCUAUUGAUAUUGUUUUUGUAACGAUCUUUCCUAAUGAUGCUUCUUAUUUAAAGCUACUCAGCUGACUUUUUAAUGAAGCAUUUUUUUUUAUAGAUUCCUCUCAAGUAAUCUAGUUAGGGCAGACUGGUUUGUUGGCCUAAGGCUGUUUCAAGUACUCGCACUCUUUAUACACAAUCAUCCUUUGUGAAGAGCCGUUGUGUAAAUUGCUGCAGAUUAGAAAUAUAGGUCUCUCGUCGAGUUUACACUUCAAAGUGCUAAGAAAAAAGAGCAAUCUGUUUUGUGUGAGAUCCUACUGAAGAGAAGACUCGAUCUCUCGCUCGCUUCUUGAUGAUGUAGAAGCGCAAAGACGGCCAUAAGUUUUAUUCUUGCCACAACGAAGAGUGAGCGAAAUGAAAAUUGUAUUCUUUAGUUUGUUAAUAAAUUUGUAAGAACCAAUAACUGUUUUUACGUCAUAAUUCUUGAUCGCGUUGCAACAAACUAAAGCAUGAUCAAAUUGAUUUCCAUUCUCGAACCUGUUAAAUGUAAAAUUUACAGAUACAAGAAUGUAAUAUUUAAUUUUCUUCCAUGAAAGUCUCUUUUUGUGGUUAAAUUUGAAGCCAAAUCGUAUGUUUUUAGUUUAAUCAAUUUUUGCCAUUUGUGUAUUCUAACUUUGAGAAGAUUAGUCUGCGAUAACAUGACCUCAAAUUAAUGUACAAACGUUCAUUGACUUAAUCCCAAAGUACGUAAAAAAAUGAUUUACCCUCACUCCAGACCUGCCAGGAAGGCGAUCUGCCAAUCAAUUCACCUGUAUAAUCCUGAAGACUUGCUUCGAUUUGAAACAACGUGCUUUGUUUCGUAUAUGAAAAAAUAUACCACUACAUGACUACCCACGCGUACAUGAAUGUGUGGCAGGACUUUAACAUUAUCGAAAUUACAGAUGGGUGUGUUUGUGAGUGUAUGUUCUUUUAGAGUUAUUUCUCAACACUUAAACCUGUUUCUUUUCUUCCUCUUUUUAGAAAACAUGGGCUGUUGUUAUAGUUGUUUGCCUCUUGCAAGUUGGACUCAUGAACUUGAGGGGCGAGUCGCACAGCAAUUUGGUAAUAUCGGUGUCAUAGAGAGGGAAAUACUUUCGGUCAACCUUCAAUAUUUGAGGUCUAAUGGCUCUCGUCAACUUGUAGGAAAUGGAGCCCUCGUUUUGACAUCAGAUUUGCUUUGGUUCAAUUACCUUCGUCCUGCGAACAGACGGCUAGCAAUACACAUUCAAAACAUACGUGCAGUUAAUGUUGGCAGGUUCGCUUCAGGUAGCAUCCCAGCGGCUAGGAUGCUACCUGAAUCGUUGAUAAUAAAUUUUUUCAACGCAGCCAAAGGAGUGGAAGACGAAGUAGUGUUUAUGUCCAGCGAUCCGAGCAGAUGGAAAGCACUCAUUAAUGAAACUAUAUACAAGUCUACAAAUCUUUUACCACCGCUUGAACCAUAUACAUUUAAAUGA